GUCCCGCCUCCCCUCGAUUCUGAUUGGCUGAGGUGACGGGAAGAAGCCGGAAGUGCCGCCAUGUCGGAUGUGGAGCUGAGCGCCGAAGCGAUUCGGGAGCGGCUGAGGAACGAGCUGGGGGCGGAUCACGUGGAGGUGGAGGACACAACGUCUUCUCGCUGUUCCAGCAGUUUCCGGGUCCUGGUGGUGGCGGCUGCGUUCAGAGGGAUGGGGCUGCUGCAACGGCAAAGGUUGGUGAACGCGGCUCUGGGUCCGUCCCUGUCCCGUAUCCACGCGUUGGAGCAGAGAACCCUGACCCCGGAGCAAUGGGAGAAACAGCGGGAGAACGAGCCUCCAUCUGAAACCCUAUAACACCCCAUAGGGCCCCAUUGUACCCUAUGACACCCCAUUGGGCCCCAUUGAACACCAUAACGCCCCAUAGAGCCCCAUUGUACCCUAUAACACCCCAUAGAGCUCCAUUGAGCCCCAUAGAGCUCCACUGAGCCCCAUAGAGGCCCAUAGAGCCCCAUAAUGCCCCAUAGAACCCAAUAGGGCCCCAUAGAGACCCAUAACACCCCAUAGAGCUCCAUUGAGCCCCAUAUGCCCCAUAGAGCCCCAUAACCCUAACCGCUACCUUAUAUGGGAUGGGAGGGGGCAGAGCCUCAAUAAGCCACACCCCCUAUUCAUAAGCCACGCCCCCUUUAUCACAAGCCCCACCCCCAAUAAGCCCAACCCCUGCCUUAUAUGGAUUGAGAGGGGGCGGAGCCACAAUGAACCACGCCCCCUAUUCAUAAGUCACGCCCCCUUGAUAGCAAGCCACGCCCACUACCUUAUAUGGAUCGAGAUGGAGGCGGAGUCACAAUAAAGCCACGGCCCCCUUUGUCACAAGCCACGCCCCCUAUAACACUAACACCUACCUUAUAUGGGAUGGGGCGGAGCCACAAUAAACCACGCCCCCCUAUUCACAAGCCACGCCCCCUAUAAGCCAACCCCUACCUUAUAUGGAUUGAGAUGUGGACGGUGCCAAAAUAAGCCACGCCCCCUUUGUCACAAGCCACGCCCCCUAUAAGCAUACCCCUUGCCUUAUACGGAUUGAGAGGGGGCGGAGCCACAAUAAGCCACGCCCCC